UUUUCUGCGAACAAGUGUCAGUUCAAAAGUUAAAAGUUUUCUUUCCAAAAUGCACGAGAGGCUUGGCUUUGGAAGUGUACAACAACAACCAAAACUUGUAUGAUCAUUGAUUUGCCAAUUUUAAGUGACCAUUCAAAGAUUUCUUGAGGGUACAGGGUUUGCUGUUAUAUAGACACGCUAUGGCUGGCCAACCAACUGUAAUAUGGGGGCAUGUCUAAGUCUAGAUCAAGAGGAGCUUAAAGCCCGUGCCCAUAGCCAGGCCAUUGACAAACAAUUAAACAGCUGGGCCAAGGAAGAACAGAAUGUUAUCAAGCUAUUACUCCUCGGGGCGGGUGAGAGUGGGAAGAGCACUCUGGUCAAACAGAUGAAGAUCAUACACAGUGAUGGCUUCUCCCAUGAGGAACUCCUGUCUUUCAAGCCAGCUGUGUUGGAUAAUUUACUCAGUUCCAUGAAGUUUGUGCUGACAGGCAUGGGUUUGCUCAGGAUCAACUUGGAAAAUCAAAAAAACAAGGUGUAUGCCCAGAGGAUCCUCACCUGUAACUGUUGUUUUGACUCCAAUCAUGUUGUGUUCUUUGAGGUGGCUCAAGCACUCAAGUCGCUAUGGCAGGACAGGGGAGUCAGAAAAUCUGUAUCCCUAGGUUACGAAUAUGAACUUAAUGACUCUGCCAUAUAUUAUUUUGAGAACAUGGACAGGCUGUGCUCACCCAAGUUUGUUCCCACUGCGACUGACGUAUUAAGAGCAAGAGUGCGAACAACAGGGAUCAUAGAAACUUGCUUCAAAAUUAACACAGUGCUAUUCCGAAUGUUUGAUGUUGGAGGCCAAAGAUCUGAGAGACGGAAGUGGAUUCAGUGUUUUGAUGAUGUGCGAGCCAUACUGUUUGUGGUGUCACUUAGUUCCUACGAUAUGUCACUGUAUGAAGACCCCAGAGUGAAUCGACUUGAGGAGAGUCUUAAAUUGUUCAGGUCAAUCUGCAACAACAGGUUUUUUACAGAAACGUGUUUUAUAUUGUUUUUGAACAAAGUGGAUUUAUUUCGGGAUAAAAUCCUUCAUUCCAAACGACCAUUACGGAAAUAUUUCCAGGACUAUCCAGGUCCUGACAGUGACGUGGAUGCAGCUGCCCGCUACAUCCAGCAUCUGUUUAUGAUGCAGAACAACAACCCUUCCAAAGUGAUCUACCCUCAUUUCACUACAGCCACGGACACCAGUAAUAUACAGGUGGUAUUCCAGGUUGUCAUGCAUUCCAUAGUACGGGAAAACCUCAAAUCAUCGGCAUUAAUGUGAGCUGUUUGACGAAACAAAGUAAUGUGAUGUGUGUGACAGGUGAGACAAAGCAGUGUGCUUUGUAUGACGUGUGACAAAGUAAUGUGAUUUGUGUUACACAUGUGACAAAGUAAUGUGAUUUGUGUUACACAUGUGACAAAGUAAUGUGAUUUGUGUGACGUGAUCAACUGUGUCAUCACACAAUAUUGACCAGGAAUCCUUCACAUCCAUAAUCUGAUCAACCCCAUUAGCAUGUUCCAUUUCCUUGCGCAAAAUGGAUCAGUGUGGUCAUAUGCAACAUUCUUACUUCAUUCACAUUAAUACUCAUUCACUCAAAACAUUCACAUUAAUGUAGUUCAAUGGCAACCUGAAGUCAGUAUGUUGGAAAGCCUCAUUAAUAAACUGAUUUAUGGAUCUGUGAAGUAUAUGUUUAUACUGUGGACAGCAUAGUGUUAUUCGUUCACAGGUAAUUGGCCUAAAAUGAAUGAUCAAAGAAAAAGCUAAACUCACCUCCAAAUGUUACAAACAAAUGAAGAUGGAAAGUUUGUUGAAUUGUAGCGUAUUGUGUCCAGCUUGCUAUUGCUGAAAUCAUAUUUGUGUAAAGCUGUGUAAUUAUUUUCUGGAUAUUUUUGUACUUUAUAUAUUAGAUAUUGUUAGUGUGUUAGAGGUUGUAAAUAAGUGCAAGAAUUGUGCUCCUUUAAUACAAUCUGGGCUGUUUCUUUUUUCAAAUGCCAUAGCAAUAAAGUCUCUAUUAAUUUAUGACUUUAGGCAAUCAUUAUUUUGUUGAGCCAACGUUUUUUGAUGAAGUUUUGGAAUAUGUAACUAGGAUGUUUCUCAAAGCUUCUGUCCAAGUUUAAUCUCCUUUUUUUUUCUUUUUUUUUUACCUGAUAUGAACUGGAUAUUACAGUGAAUACUGGUUUGCUAUUUAAAUAAGACCUGAGGGUGCUUCAUUGCAGAUGAGAUUUUAUCUUUUGUUGGUAUUGUAUUGGUAGAAGUAAGUCUUAUACAUUUUAUUGUGACGUCUGUAUUUUGGAUAGAAAUUCAGUAAUGUGUAGGUGAAUGACAUUAAUGUAAAAACAUAAAUUGGCAAAAACAGGCAAGCCUAAUCUGUAUUUUGUGAAUUGCUAUUUUUACGUGAUUUCUUUUCUUGGGGUGGGUGGGGUUGAUGGAGGUAGGGGAUCAAAUAUUACCCUUUUAGUUGUCAGCAGUUGCUGAUUCCUAAGUUUGAAAGUUUUUUUCUGAUAGUGCUGUCACAUUUUGGUGCUAUUGGAGAACCAUACUUUACAAUCAUUCAAAUGUUAUUGUAUCACGCUUUUACAGAAUCUCAUGUCUAGAACAUACCUUUUCUGUUAUGACUGUAUAUCGUCACAUCCUUGUUUUAUUGCGCGACUUUAUACCUUAUCUACUUUUGUACAUUUGUACAUUUUCAUUCCUCUUUGCUUAAAAUCACUGUUACUAUGCUACAGUUUAUCUCCAGGGUCCAAAAGAGAGCUUGUGUUCACAUAUUUUUGAUAAUGGAAUACAUUGUUGCCUAAAUUGUAUGGCAUGUAAAAAUAAUCAUUAGGUAUUAUUAAUUUACCUUGCUUCAUGAACACCAUGUGUACAUAAUAAUACGUACUUUGUAUCAGAAGUACAUUAUCAUUUUGAUAAACAUGUAUCAUAUCAAGUCCGUCCAUACACUUCAAGUAGUAAUCCUGGUUAUUGAUCUCGUUUAUUUGUAACACAAUUUACAUAAAUAUUUCCAUUUGUCAGAGAUUGGGCAACAGUCUGAUAUUUCAUAUUCAAAUUCAGCGAACACAUUUUGGAAUCAUUCUGUAUAAGGAAAAUGUUGAAGUAUUGUUCAUGUUACAUGUGUGAUCAUAUAUGACCUGUGUGAUCUUAUAUGACUCUGAGUUGCUCUUAUAAUGGGAAGUAAAUCCAGGGUAUCCUGAAAUAGGACCAUUCACAGCAUUGAACAGUUUAUCGCUGCAUGUUUUUGUUAAGCUAAAAUUCACAUGAUAUAUUUUGUGAAACUUUUUUCUUUAUCCUUAUUAAAUCUUGAUAUAUUUGCAUGAUCAUUGAUCAAUCUACUGUUAAGGUUGGAAAACCUGUCAAAGUACUUCUGCUUAGAUACUGGCACUGCUGAGAGAAAAACAUUCAUUUUGGCCUCAUGUUUGAGGUAAACCUUUGUUUGAAGAUAUGACUUUGAUAGUGACAAACGAUAACCAUUCUACAGAUAUGAGAUCAUUGUUUGUACUUUUGAAUUCGGAAGUGUCAAAUCAAGCUAUAAUGGUGCAAUACAUCAUUAAUUUAUUCCUGACAACUGUGCAAGCAACUAGGUAUUCAGUUCAUUUUGUUGCUUGGUCAUUGCCCCAUGUGUAUUAGUCUGUCCAUGUUAGCCCAUACAAAUCUCUUGCCAAGCUCUCGACAUGAAAGUACAUGUUAAAGGUUAUAUGAUAUGCUUGGUUCUAUCGUAAUAUGGAUUGUGUGACAUGGUCCAACAUAUAGUACAAAAGCAUAAAACAGCGUCGUAGCUUUCUUCUUGGGGCGUAAAAUUGGCUUUAAACUUCAGGUUUUCUAAGACUCCAGUGUUCAGUCUGGUAUUAAGUAGCCCACUGUGGUGACGUCAACGAAGACAGCUGUCAAAACAACUUUGUUAGGAAGAGAGCCGCAACUGGGCUACAUUCUUUAUUCUCCUUAACACCACACUCUUCAUUAUAUAGUAUUUUUUCAUGUGUCCUUUAAUCUCCAUUCUCUUUACCAAAAAUCUAAAAGUCCAAAUUUCCAUGUGUUUUCACCACAAUAGUGCAGACAUUGGACAUUUGCAGACAUGAUUUUCAUCCAGUCUGCUCUGAUCUAAUCAGAUGUGUAUUAUGGUGUUCGGAUAGUCCUGUUAACAAAGCUGUUAAGUAUAUACAAGCUAUGUAAAGUUAUUUUCUGUUCAUUUAACUGUAAAGAAGAUUACAUUGAAACUAUAAUAAAAUACUACACUAAAAUGCGUGAGUGCUUGGGGUUUAACGUCAUACUCAAUUUUUCAGUCAUAUGUCGAAUUAAUCAUUAUGGUGUAUGUAAUGUGCCUCCUUGUCGCAGGACGGAUUUCCACCGCUCUUUUAUCUAGUGCUGCUUCACUGAGACGACUAACCGAAGGCAUGUAAGCCGCCCCUCCCGAGCCUUAUAUUAUUAUACUGAUAUGGGUCAACCAGUCGUUGCACUAUCCCGUUCAUGCUGAACACCAAGCGAGGAAGUUACAAUUUCCUCUUAUAAAAGUCUUAGACUCGACCAAGGAUUGAUCCUGGAUCUACCGCUCCGGAAGCAGACGCUCUACCAACUAUACUAUGCGGGCUGGUACACUAAAAUGAAACCAAGUAUGUUUAUUGUUAAGUUUUUACUGAUUGUAUACAGGUGCAACAUAUCUUCAUGACCUUAUCUUCUAAAUACCAAAUGUGCACUGAUUAUAAGCACAUUACUGGUAAGGACAGCAUUUUUUAGUCUUUACUCUUUUUAAUUUUUUACUCAUUUUUUGUAUUUUUGCAAGAUGUUUAUUCAUGCAUAUUAUAAUGUCAUUAUUCUGUGUAGACUCAUGGAAUUAUGAUGUAUGAUUAGCCUUGAACUUAGCCACCCAAUCAAUGCAGAUUAGGAAUUGGAGUAGAUACCUGGUAGUCUACAUGUCCAGUCUCCUGAAUGAGGUACACUGUACAUGUACAAGAUCUUUUCACAUAAACUUUUUCAAAAAGUAUGACCAUUUUGUGACUCAAGUUUUUUUUAUAAAUUUAAAGAAAUGCAUAUCAAUAUUCGUCAUAUUUUUAAGAAAUAAAAGUGCUGUACUUGUAAGAUGUACGCUCAAAGGGUUAAUAGGAGAAACUUAUUCAUUUUGUUUUUCUGUACAGAGACAAUUCAAAGGAAGAAAAAAACAUGACUAUGAACAUCUGAAGUAUGAGGUAGUAAUUCUGGUUGUAAGUUAAGAAGGCUUUAUACUACGAGCGAUUGGUAAAAAUUGUGCCACUAAUUAGCCAGGGUUUUGUAUAUAUGCCUCAAGGUACAUGUACAUGUAAAAGUAAGCUAAACUAUGAAGUAAGGUUCAUCAUACAGACAACUGAAAACUAUCUGUAAAAAUACUUUCAUUUAUCUUUUUCAGAUUUCAGUGGUGAAAACUAUAAAACUAUUUGAAUACCAUGGUGGGCUUUAUGAGCCAUACUGAUGGUAUCCAGGAACGCUGACGUCAUACCACCAUUUUUUUCCUGAUGUUCACCAUAAAGUUUUUGGAGCAUUAUUUCAGUAAUCUUUUACUCAUGGGUAAUAAGAGUUAUUCCUACAUUCAGUGUCAUGAUUAGAUUUGGGCAACCUCAUGUGAUGUCAGAGUUCCUAAACUCUGAUGGUAUGGUCAGUAAAACCCAUGUUAGAAUUCUAAAGUUUG